AUGCCUGACCUAGUGACGGCAGAAAUAAAGCUUAGAAAUGGAGAUUCUAACCUUCUGGAAUGCUUGAGCUCAGCCAAACACCUUUCCUUAUGCUUAACACCAUAUUUGAAUGAAUAUCUUACAAGCGAGUUUAAUCAUCUGGUGUCUCUCGAGAUAUGCAUUAUAUGCUUUCUAGAUUGGUUCUGUCCUAUACUCGAACUUUCCCCUAUAUUGCGAGUUCUCAAGUUGAGACAAAUACACUGUAGCUCUAAUAGAGAUCUCGAAAACCAGUGGGAGAAUCCGUGUUGCGUUCCUGAAUGUUUGAUUUCGAGUCUUGAAACUGUUGAGUGGGUUGGCUACCAAGGAAGACGAGUUGAGAGAGAAAUGGCGAUUUACAUUUUAGAGAAUGCAAACUGCCUAAAGACAAUGACGAUUACACCCUCGAUAUCCACCAGUUGGGAAGAGAAAACCAAGAUGUUGAUAGAGUUAACGUCCACGUCGAGGUGUUCUUUAAAACCAGGAUUUAGUUUUUCGUUUAUACCUGGGAGCAGCAUUUAG